AUGAUGCAAAGUAAAAGAAAGACGAGUCCUAGCUCAGAGAGGCCUUGCAAAAAAGUCAGAUUUACCAUCGACGAUGAGAUCGUCGGUGUGUUCGACCGCCAACCCUCGCAGCUGGACGCAUCAACCAUCAAAUCAGUUAACGAGCUCAGCGAAAGCGAAAAGAACCAAUGGAGACGGUAUUCUAACCCAGAGGACUUUCUCAACUACACGGGAUUGGACCAAGAUUCCAUGGAGGAAUUCAAGCGAUUCCACUAUUUUGAUACAGCGACUGGGAGAGUUUCAUUCCAGGACUGGCUACUUCGCAAAGCACAGGGAGAAUUAUCAGUAGUGUACCACAGGCUUGAGUUAUUUGGCAACGAGAAGAUAAACUGGAUAUUCAUACAGCCUUUAUAUGGCUCGAUGAAGAGCAUCAUAGAGAACAAUAUGAUGUAUACCUGGAUUCAGCUGAAAAGGAUCAACCAUUCACUUCACCCUACUCAAGACUGGAAGUAUGCCGACUUGCUGAGCCGGCUGUUGCAAAGGGAAAAGGUCCAGUACGGGCUUCCUGAGGGCGCAUUUCACAUCGAAGAGAGACUUACAGCCGAUGGACAUCGACAAAGCGAUUUCGUGUGCGAGAGGCUCCUGCAAUACUAUAACAGCUAUGAUCCAAACCAGCACGUCGCUCCAUACGCAUCGAUUGUUGGGGUUACUGGAAAAAGCUUCAUGAUCCAGCAACUCGCAGUCCAACAUGGCAUCUACGUUGCAUAUGCAAGUCUGGCACACAAGAUCUCAAACGCCUACCCACGACGCUCUGAAAUCGCAGACAGAUUCCCCAAAGACGGCAUUAGACGGGAACUUGAGAAAUUCUGGGAAUGCUACAUCGUGACCAGCCUGGCAGACAUAGAAGCAUGCAAAACUGCAAGCAUCACGCCAGCGGGAUUCUACAACUUGCAGACAAAGAGACCAUACUAUGGCUAUCAAAAAGAGUUUGCAGACCGAGUUAUGAGCCUCUUCAACAUGUAUCCGCGCCUACGGCAUACAGAGGUGGUGAAGAAACAACGGACCAAAGUCCAGGCCAUCCUUUCGAGCCGCGUCGAUCAUGCACAGAUUUUGUUGCGGAGAUGGAGAUUGGAAUUGGAGUCUAAUGAAGACAACUGCAAGAUUCCUAGCUCGCAAGCUGGUGCCGCGAAACCAAAGGCUCUCGUCUGUGUUGACGAAGCUCAUGAACUUUUCGAUCAUAACUCGUUUAAAUUUCAUGCGUUUCGGGACGCUAUCCGUCAACGCGAUCUGUCCAGAGACCUGAGCAACUUUGUACCUCAGGAUGGCGCUUUCGGGGCGUUAAUAGGGACAGAUUACAGUAUGGAGGAAAGGGCUAUGGCAGCAAUAGGCGUCGGCAAGAAAAUGUUUCCGCCUAUCACUAUUCCGACGAUAUAG